CUGCAGACCCUGCCUCAGCGGAGAAGGGUGAAUGAAGCACGGGUGCGAAGAGAGAAUUCGGGAUUCCUGACUCCCUGCCUAGUGGUGGCUGGGCCACCCAUGGGAACACCUGGGGCAGCUCCUGCUCAGGCUAUGCAGGGACCAAACUGAACAUUUUAUCCCAAAUGGAGCAGGUGGGAGCACCAUGGGCCAAGGAUCAGCAGGACUCGCUGGAAGAAGAAAGCUCAGAAAUCCCCUCCUUCGCACAGGGCUGCCCGGGCCAGGAGAGAGGUGUGUGUGAGAAGAGCUACAAGGAGAAGAUCCACCUGAAGCGUCAUGAGACCCUCCACUUCCAGAGGAAGCCGUUCAAGUGCAGGAAGUGCUUCCUGCAGACGUGGGAGCUGACGAUGCACCAGAGGACCCACACAGCUCCUGGGAUCCCCAGUCACAGACCCCAUUGUGCCAGGCGCUGUGCAGACGCAGAACAAAAAGACCCGCAGAGCUGAUGAGCAACAGGUAUCCUCCCUAAGGUGCUUAGCUGGCCCCCAUUCCUGUCUUAUCGGAGCACCUCACAACUAACAAUGUUUAUCCUCACAGCGCCCCCAUGAGGCUGGGAAGUGCUAUUGUCCCCAGUCUGCAGAUCUGAGGGCACAGAGAGGGUCGGUGACUUGCCCAAUGCCACCCGUGGAAUUUGUGCCUGAUUAGGGACCUGAACAUGGGUCUCGCGAAUCACACCUGGCCCACUGGGCCAUCCUGCCCCUUACGGAGAGCUCACAAGCACAUCUGUAGAAGAUGUUAUAGUUGGUUAUGAGCAACUUGUUGACCUGUUGGAUUCUUUUAAUAAUUGAUGACCUAUUUUUUCAAACCUUUUAAUCAUUUAUUAACACAUUUUAUAAACUGUUGGUAAAUGGAACUUCAGUAUAAAGCAUAAGCAACUUUCUCAUAAUUGUGUACUGUAGCCUAUAGGACUAACCUGCUUGCUUGUGUGUAUCUAUCUAUCUAUCUUUUCUUAUAGUUUAAGUAUUUCGGUUUAUUGUAAUAGGUUUAUAGAUUUAUAUUAAAGUAAGUUUGGUUGUAAUGCAAGAGACCGACAGGCCAUAUCCUGUAUGUUAAGCUAAGGCAAAGUUAGUAUAUCUAUAUUAAGACCUUUUACUCAGAAAGCAAAGUUGACCUAUAUCUUGUUACCUAAAUAGAUGAAUACCCAUGCCUAUGUCCAUGACCUUUUAUGUAGACCAAUAGACAAUGGAGAAUGGCAUAGAGGAGUUUUCAAUGUUAUACCCACAGACUUAACAAGACCACCACAAAAGACUGAUGUGUGUACAUACCUGUCAUCAAUACGCACAUACAUAUUAGCCUAUGGGGUAAGUGCACCCUAACAUUUCUAUGGGUAAGGAAUGAAAUUUGGGCAUAAGAGGAAGGAUUUCCGGCAUUUGCCCUAUAAAAGAGGUGACACACCUUGAUAGAGUACUCCAUCUCCAUUCUCACUUUACUCUAUUCUCACUUACU